UGGCAAUUGGCGGGAUAGUGGUUGUUAUUUUAGGCCGUUUCCCUUUUUUAAUUUGAAAAAAAACUCAUCAAUUAUUGCAUAUUAAACGUGAGCAACAAUGGGCACGUUGGUGGAGAAAGUCGAUCCAGAAACCUUCGACGAUGCCGUUGAAGAACGCGUCAUAAACGAAGAAUACAAAAUAUGGAAGAAAAACACCCCAUUCCUGUACGAUUUGGUAAUGACCCAUGCGUUGGAAUGGCCCUCCCUCACUGCCCAAUGGUUGCCUGACGUUACCAGGCCGGAAGGCAAAGACCACUCAUUACACAGACUGAUUUUGGGCACCCACACCAGCGACGAACAAAACCAUUUAUUAAUUGCCAGUGUUCAAUUGCCUAAUGAAGACGCCCAAUUUGAUGCUUCUCAUUAUGAAAACGACAAAGGGGAAUUUGGGGGCUUUGGUUCUGUUUCCGGAAAAAUCGAGAUUGAAAUCAAAAUCAAUCAUGAAGGGGAAGUCAACAGAGCUAGAUACAUGCCUCAAAAUCCUUGUGUUAUUGCUACAAAAACCCCUUCCAGUGAUGUGCUUGUUUUCGAUUAUACCAAACAUCCAAGUAAACCAGACCCCAAUGGCGAAUGCCACCCUGAUUUGAGACUGAGAGGCCACCAAAAAGAAGGUUACGGAUUGUCCUGGAAUCCCAACUUGAAUGGAUAUUUGCUGUCAGCUAGCGACGACCACACCAUCUGCUUGUGGGACAUCAAUGCCACCCCAAAAGAACACCGUGUCAUUGAUGCCAAAACAAUCUUCACUGGCCACACCGCAGUAGUUGAAGAUGUGGCCUGGCAUUUGCUCCACGAGAGUUUGUUUGGUUCAGUAGCUGAUGACCAAAAAUUGAUGAUUUGGGACACCCGGUGCAACAAUACCAGUAAACCUUCUCACACAGUAGAUGCUCACACUGCUGAAGUCAAUUGCUUAAGUUUCAAUCCUUAUUCAGAGUUUAUUUUGGCCACAGGCUCAGCUGAUAAAACUGUUGCCCUGUGGGAUUUGCGCAACCUCAAACUCAAACUGCACAGUUUUGAGUCACACAAAGAUGAAAUCUUCCAAGUCCAAUGGUCCCCACACAAUGAAACUAUUUUGGCUUCUUCAGGCACUGACAGGAGGCUACAUGUUUGGGAUUUGAGCAAAAUCGGUGAAGAACAAUCUGCGGAAGAUUCUGAAGAUGGUCCUCCUGAGCUGUUGUUCAUUCAUGGCGGGCAUACAGCUAAGAUUUCAGAUUUCAGUUGGAACCCCAACGAGCCUUGGGUGAUUUGUUCAGUGUCUGAGGAUAAUAUUAUGCAAGUGUGGCAAAUGGCUGAAAAUAUUUAUAAUGAUGAGGAGCAGGACCAGCAGCCUACUGAUAUCGAUAAUGUUGCCCUUUAAGAUUAAUUAAGUUAUAUGUUUAAGGUAUUUAAUCAUGAUAAUCAAACUUUUUUUGUGUUGUAAUGAUGUAUUCUUGAUUUAUUUGUACACUUUUGCAGUUUUUUGGUUCUAAUAAAUAAGUUAAUUUAA